AUGCGCGAGUGUCGUUCAGAGGACAUUCCUACUCUUAUGCAUUUUGCAGCCCAACAUGGAUUGCGAGAUCUGGCCAGUGCUCUGCUGCAGUGUCCUGGAUCCUGGCAGGCCCUUAAGGUCCCCAACAGUCAUGGACACACACCACUGGAUCUUGCACACGUACAUGGACACAACCAGCUCUAUAUUCUCCUACAAGAGUCACUGGUACUUGAUGACAAUGAUGGCAACACUGACACCGGUGUAUAUGAGAUGAUGGGCAGAGCAGAUAAUCUUCAGGUGGUUGAUCCUAAUGAAGAACACCAAAACAAUGAAGAUGAAAAUGUUUAUACUCCUCUGGGUAGAGAUGAGGAAGAGUAUGACACCAUCCUGACAUCCAGCAGCUCUGUAGUAAUAGUGAACCGCCCCCCUGCACCAACCCCUCGGCCUGACUCCCUACCUACCCCAGAGGACAAGACUCCCUUCAUUGCACAAGUUUUUCAGAAGAAAAAGUCCCAAGGAGAUGCUGAAACACUAUACUCUCUUCCCACAAGACAGGCGAGGCAGAGGGACAGCAUCUCAUCCACUUAUGACACGUUUGUGCCCAGUCAGCCACCAGGACUGGACGAACUGAUAAAACUUCAGGAGGAAGUGAAGAUGGGAUCUCUGAGUAUAGAUGAUGCUCUGGAUCGAUUCAACGACUGGCAGAGGCUUCAGAAGGGAAUGGAUAGCAUACAACAGGAGAAAAUACAGCAGCUGAGGUCAAGUAUCAUCAGCAACAGAGAGGAUGAUGAAAGUGUCUACGAUAAAAUCAGCAUUGUUCAUCACACACCAACUGCAUCUGCAAAUGAGUGUCAAAGAGCAAGUCAGCAAGCAGACACAGAGUUCUACAGUAAACCUUUAAAAGGACAGAAUUCAAAUUGCUUCAGAAAGGCAGACAAACAGUAAGAUCAUCCUGAUUAUGAAAGCAGUGAUCUGUCAAAGAAAUUCACUAAACAGCAACUGAUACAAUAUAGUGUACAUUAAUAAUAACAAUUUUAUGGCAAUUUAUAACUAUUUCACAUUUUUCUCAAUGGUGGUUAAUUCGAAUUUGUAUGAUGCCAUUUGUACGCUUUUGUUUGAUCUGAUUUACUGACUGUUUAGGUGUGGGGUUAGUGGUGGAUGUUUAUGCUUACUUUUUUUUCUGAAAUUUUUCAUACAAAUCAUAUUGUAUGAAUUCACAUGAAAGUGCCUAAAAUAGUGAAGUUUUCUCAUUAGAUCCGGUUGGUUAAUAUCCAGUAUCAGAGCAAUAAUAAAUAUUUUUUUUCACUUUUAUUUAUAUCCCACUAUGGUAACACUUUAGAAUAGGGAACACUAUUCACUAUUAACUAGUUGUUUAACAGUACACUCUCAGAGAAAAAGAUACAGUUCUGUCGCUGGGGUGGUACCCUAAGGUACAAAAGUGAAAAGAUGCGUUUUUGUAUCUUACCUACCCCUAAACAGUACAUAUUAGUACCUUAAAGGUGCAUUUUAGUACUUUGAAAGUACAUAUUGGUACCUUAAAAGUACAUAUUAGUACUUUAAAAGUACAUGUUUGUACCUUUUCACUUUGUACCUUAGGGUACUGCCCCAGCGACAGAACUGUACCUUUUUUUCUGACAUUGUAUGGAUAUUACUAGCAUAUUGGCUGUUUCUUAGUACUUACAGUACAAAUAACAAAUUAAUGCAUUAUUCUGCAUGACCAUUUUCUAGAUCCCUUAACACUAUCCCAAUACUAAACAAGACUACUACAAACAACAUGCCUACUAUCAAUAAGCAGCGGUUUAUUGAGAUAAAACUCUUAGUUAAUAGUGAAUAUGGGUUCCCAAAUCUAAAGUGUUACCCCCUAUUCUUUAUUUCUUUAUCCCUCUGUUUCUUCUUUUUAAUUGACUGACUGCUCAAGAUUGUAGUAGUUGUAAAAAAUGUUUAAUACUAAGAUCUUUUGCAGCCUUCACUGCUACUGUUUAUCAAAUAUAAUUUAGACAAU